AUGGCAGCGGACUCGCCCUCGUCUCCGUCAAAGUCGCAGUCGGCAACACUACCAGCAUCAUCAGCACCUUCAGAACACACGCAGCAUGCAUCUUCGCUGUCAGAUGUAAAAGGACAUCUGCCGCUUCUUCCAGAUGAAAAGGAAUGGGAAGAAGCUGUGCGUCAAGACCGCACUGACCUGUUCCUUCUUUCUUGGCUUGUGCGAAUCGACAGCUUGCUUCUGGAGGGGGAAGUUCGUGGAAGUGGCGCACUUGUGGAGCGAUGUCUUUGCAUUUGCGGCUCUCAAAGAAGCGGCCAGCCCUCGAUCAGCAGCGCGUGGAACCAGUUACAGCCUGGAAGAAGUGUCCGAUGUCUUGUUGCACGGUGCCUUGUAUGUUUGUAUCGUCAUAGUGAGGCGGAGAAGCCACCACUUUUCGAGGUCAUGGGUGCUCUACGAGAUGUAUAUGCUGCUGAUAUCCCCACCAAUGCACACCUGGCUGCUAUGCAUGUCGCUCGCGAGCUUAUCAUGUCGCAUCCCCAUGGUGUAGGAUCUCAGUUUUCGGCUGUACCAAUUUGUCUGCGGAUUAUCCGGACGUCGUCUCAUACGGUGCUUGUGCGCUAUUAUGCGCUGCGACUGCUCGAGUCGAUCUUAGCGCAUGACAAGCUCCCUGCAUCGAUGCUGAAGGAUGCUCUAAAGACUCUCAAGCAAGCACUUCACGACAAGGCAGGCCCUGUUGUGCGUGCGAGUGCUGUUUGUCUUGAGUUGGUUUUCCGCGAUGCUACUAGAUCAGAUAUUGAGACGCAGCUCGCAUCCAUUGUGAAAGUCCUGGCCAGUGCUGACCGGCAAACUCGUACAGCCCUUGCACGUUUGGCUGCUACGUUGCUCAUUCAAACAGAGACGAUGGCACCUGCUGACGAAGGAAAGGAUCCCGUCGUUGUUCCUCUGUACACAGCCGAACAGCAAAUGAACCUGUUACAUGUGCAUCUGAGCCGCGCAGGAUCGUGGAAGGCACGCGUUGGUGUGCUGCAAAUGUAUGAUGCCUUGCUUGCCCUCCACGGGAGUGCGUGGCUCGAGCAGCAUUUGCAGGAAGUUUUCAUGCACCUUGUUCGUGAUAUUGCCACAAACAUGCCUAUACCUGCGCAUGAGAGCCCAUACCUGUGCCGGGCAGUUCAUCGUGUGCUGGAUGUGCAUCUCCGCUCACUCCCUGAGCCCGCACAGGAGCGCGCAGCUGCUUACAUGGGCUCGAACAUACUCGGCAUGUGGCCGCCUGCGACACCUGCCCAUGAAGCACCUAGUGAAGCAAUGCUGACACUUACGCUCGAUGCAACAGCGCUGCUUGUUGCACAGCUUGGCGAGCUGUCGCCCACUCUCCAUGAGGCAUUAUACGAGUCACACAUGCGUUUGUUGGCACACCCGAUUCUAGCCGUGCAGAUUCGUGCAGCGUGGUGGCUUAGUAUUGCCUGUGAUGUACAACCUCUUCUUCUGGCUCCGACGUAUGCAGAACUGCUUACCUUCAUGCGUCGAGACAUGGCAGCUCUGAGUACGCCGCAGCAUGAUCAAGGCGUGUCACUUCGUGCUCGACUUGUGGGCCACAGCUUUGCCUUAGCCGCACUGGCACGCAUCUCGGCUAAGCACCCUCUGUACAUGCGCAAUGACGAUGUGGAAGAUGUAUUCACGCUAGCUACGGACCUGUUGACGCGCAGUGGCGAGCAGAACGCGCUGCCCAAUGCCUCAGCUGCGGUGGGAUCUGCCUGGAUGCUCGUCGGCUCUCUCAUGGCGCUCGGCACAGAGUUUGUGCGUGCCCACUUGCCAACACUUAUGAAUGCAUGGCGUCAAGCCCUCGCUGAGCGCUCGUAUGCAGAGUUAGAUGACGCUGCGUGGCAGUACCUGCUCACAGUGCGACAUGGCGCCCUUAGCAGCAUGCAUGUGUUCUUUCUGCACGGCGGUCAUGAGCUCCUCACACAAGAGACAGCCCGUCGUCUUGUGGUGAUGCAAAGCCAUGCGUUAGCAUUCCUCGACGCUUGGGAGCGCCGGGCCAUGUUUGCAUCCCAUGCGCCAGCGGCCCUGCCGAUCCUUUCGCGGGUGCAUGCGCCCCUUUUGCGCGUGCGGAUUCUUCGCUGUUGCACGCACUUGGCACAGACAUCAGCGCUCGAGACGCUUGCUCCGCACCUCAUGAGUAUGUCGGUCGAGCUGCUUGCACGUGCUGAGCGCUGGCAUACAGGUAGCGCGACGCAAACGGCUAUUAGCACCAGCACAGGGGCAUCGCAGUCGCCUUGGACUGUUCACGAUGGUGUAGCGUAUGGUAUGACGAGUCUGCUUCGCCAGGACGUAGGGGCUGCGCUUGACGCCUGGACCCCGGCCUUUUCCACAGCGCCAUUCCAGCCCACGCCCGUCGCCGACUCCGACACGUAUGGCCUAGAUCUCGAGCUGGAGCUUGAUGCCCAGACUCCUGUGCUUGGGGCGUUGGAGCACGAUGCAACGGCUCUGUAUGCGCUCGCAGCUACGAGUGUGGAUCCGUACCGCAUCUUGCCGGGAGCGCCACAACCUAUGCCGCCUGGCACGGCCGAAAUCGAUGCGGCAGCCGAGCUGUUUGCCGCGCUCUUUGCCUUCCAGCCACGCGACCUGCAGAUCGGCACGUCCGAGUUCCUGUUGGCGGCGCAAAGACGCCCAGCUUUGGACAAGCAGCCAGGUCGUCGUAUUGCUGUGCUAGUCAACAGUGUUGUGGCUCUUCUAGGCGCUGUUCGCACCGCAGCACAUCAUCCUCACCGCGCAUCUGGCUUUGCUAAUGAGCGUGUGAAUGCGGCGAUCAAAGGCGUGGCGCAAAGGGCUUUGCAAGAGGGUCACGUCAUGCUGCGCCGCGCAGCGGCUGAAUUGUAUGGCUAUUUGGCUUCCCUCGCUGGCUCCGGCUCUUUGUCUAUGCAAAUGCAGUUCUUGAUUGACCAGAUUGUCGACACGCGCCAUGCCGAUGGACGCGCUGCAUGUGCGCUUGCAUUGGGCCAGAUCUACACUUGUGUCGGCGGACUGCGUGCAUCGCCCCUGACGAAGACGAUUAACAGCCUCACGCUCUCGCUAGCGACUGACCCGCAUCCGGCCGUGCACGCCUGUGCACUUGAUGCACUUGCACAAGUCAUUGAGGCGGCUGGCGUCGCUUAUGAGCCAUAUGUGCGGAGCACACUCGGCCUCAUGACACGUCUUUUGUCAUUGCCGACGCACGAACCUGAGGGCGGCAGUCCAGGUAGCAGUAACCUGCGCGUCGAUUGGCCGGCGUACCCUGGCAUUGCACGCGUCGUAAGCGCCUUGGUGGGUGUGUUGGGUCCCGAUCUGCAGGAAGCAGUCUCGACUCGUGGUGUCGUAUAUGCCUUGCUUCUGCAUCUUGUACAGGACGGCGGCGACGCUGCUGCGAAGGAGGCGCUUCUUGGUUUGCAGCGCCUCGGCCUCGUAGUCCCAGUUUUGCUCGAGACACGCGUAUCUGCCAACUUGCUGCGCCAUGCCCUGUCGCGCCCCAUCCUCGCUCCGUCUGCCGCGAGUCUCUACUGCCAAAUGGCGCAGCGUGGCUCGCAAUGGCUUGCUCGGUACGGCGGCCCAUCGCUUCUGGCGAGUCUGCUGCAACAACUUGAUCGGCAUCCAACCCUAAGCGGCGUCCGCACACUGGUCCUUUCGUGGCUCAAGGACACGGCACCUGCUCGUCCAUGCACAUGGAUGGAUCUGUGUUGCACGGCGCUUUUGACGCCCGAGGCGCUCAGCUUCAAACACGUCAAUGUCUCUGGAAGCGACACCGACGAGACGGCGACGGCUUUAGCGCCAAAGGACGACACCCCACUUCUUUCAAUUCGCUGGCGCACACAGCUCUUUGUGCUGCAGUGUAUGGACGAGGUAUUUGCGUCCGUCCAGCGCGCCCCCGAACAUGUGGGCAGCCACAGUGACGCGCGGGAUCGGCGCGUCCUGAGCAGCCGAGUCAGUGAGAUUCUUCGCGCCGCUUGCAGUGCCAGCACGGCGACGCAUCGAGCUGUGCGCUGGCAGGGUCUCCAAGUGCUUCGCGAUGUGCUGGAGUCGUUCGCAGACACGCGCGAUCCUGACUUUUCAGAGGCCCGUUUGCUCGAGCAGUUCCAGGCUCAGCUGGCCGCUGCGUUGACCCCGGCUUUCGGAGCUGACAGUACACCUGAUGUACUUGCAGCUGCUAUUUCCGUCUGCUCCGUCUACAUCAUCGCAGGCGUCGACGCAUCUCCCACAAACCGAAUCCUCCGUUUGCUGGGCUCGGCGCUCGAGCAGACACAGUCGUCCGAGAUGUCCCGUCUCGGCGAACUGCCCUUGACGCCCAACGCUGCCGCAUACCUCAACAUAGCCGUACUCACCGCCUGGGCCCGUCUCGCCAUCGCACAGCGGCCCGCGAUCACCAACCUGCUCUCUCCGCAUGUGCACACGCUGGCUCGUGCUUGGGUACACGUCCUUACGGCGUAUGCAGUCUUGCGCGCCGAUCGCGGCUCGUCCGUUGCAAGUGCUUGGCACAUCAUGCCUCGCAUGCGGCCCGAAAGUGCUCUGGCACCCCUUGUUCAAACGCACAUGCUCUUGUACUUUGCACAAGCAUACCCCACCUUGCUGCACGCAUUGACACUUGUGUUUGAAACGAACCCUGACGUCGUUCGUGCCACCCUUGCGCACGACCUGGGCGAUGCGAGUCGUGCGUUCUUGGCUUUGUAUGGCCUUGCGCUUGAGACCCUGUGUGACGAGCUGGAUCGUCUCCCGCAAACGGAGCAAAGCAUGCUGGGCGUCGUGCUUAGCUCGUUGCAUGUGCUGGUGGAUGCCAAGUACAGCGGGCAUUUCCUUCUUGAAGAUGCACAGUUUGAUGAGCUUGUGUGUGUGUUCCAGCGUGCAUUGCUCAGCGAGGACGCAUCCAUUCAGCGCGGCGUACUGCGUGUGAUUGCUACGCUCGUGCGCUCAAUGCGUGAGCGGCUACUUGAGCAGGAAGACGGCAUGAUUCACGACGAGCGUAUGCCCACGACGAAAUUGGGGCGACUCUGGCGGCUUUUGAUGCACUUCAUCCACGAGCUACCACACCAACGAACGCCACGCGCUGAACGAGCUGUGCUUCUCCAUGCUUGUUGGCAGACCCUCUUGGAUAUGGUGGAAGUUUGUGGUGCAUCGCUCCAGUUGGAGCUGGUCGCUGUAUCGCUUCAUAUAUUGGUGGCUUUCGCGCGCCGUGAAGACGAGGCGGCCUCGCUGCUCACCUCUGCCCUGCCUGUGUUGCGCGACCUGUGCAAACGCGCGUGUCAAUCCGCCUCGGCCAACCCACCACUUGUGCAUCGCAUCAUGCAAGGAUUCAUGAGCGCCAUGAUCGAUAUGAGCGAUGCGCUCAGGGCACGUGCCGGCGAUAUCGUGACGCGCCGCAGUGGAAAUGCCCUCGUUAGUACAAGUCUCGUUUUGACGUGCCUUGAUGCCCGCGUGUCGAUUAGCAGUGAGGUCAUCGAGCGGCUCUCUUUCUUGUUGGCACAGAAACUAGAUGCCAACGAUGACGCUCCGGUCGUCUUGCAAUGCAUUCGGUCCAUGGUGCAUGCCGAGCCCUCGUGCCAUUCGCAGCGCCUAUGCAUCGGUUGGUGCCUCCCAUCGCUCGUCGCCUAUACGCUCCGGCACUUGUCCGAGCCGGCGAUGGACAUCCUGCUGGAUCUUGUAUGUGUCAUGCCCGACGACGUGGCGCUUCGGCUAGCUGUUCCUGUGGCUGUACAAUUCGUGCAGUCUUCAAGCCCAGGCAGAUCGCAAGCAUCGGACACCGUGCUGGUGGCGUCUUCCAACAAGGUCGUGAACCGUCUCAUGGAGCUUGCGCAGACUCAUGCCCAAGCUUUCCGACUAGCCACGCAGGCGCUUGACGAGGAUGCACGCACUUGCUUGCACGACUCCUUGCGCGCCGCUGUGGGCAUCACCGACGCACAAAAGCGCCCGAAGCCGGGAAGCAGCUCAAGUGCCACUUCUGAAUCCGGUAACAGCAUAUCUCUUCGAACGUUCGGCGGGUCUUCGUAA